AUGGCAAAAAUCAUUUGUAUUUCGGCUGUUAUAUUGGUAAUCUUAGCUUUGGAUAUUCAACAGGCUUCAUCAUCAGGAGGUGGCGAUAUGUUAUUCUUCAGACCAGAUUUUGCAUCAACGUUUCUCGGAGAUUGUAGAGAACAACGACAUGCUCAUAUCUCACAUAAAACAGAUGACGUAGGUGAAUUAAAUUUUAGCGAAGAUUACAAAGAGUUGGCGUGCGGUAAGACCGGUGAUUAA